GGAUGUACUCUAUAAGCUUGUUAUUUGUGCCCUUUGUGCUUCCAACAGUGUUUCUUCCGAUAUUCAAUGAACUCAAACUUACAUCCAGUUUCAAGUACUUUGAGCUAAGGUUCAACCGACGAGUUAGACUUCUGGCUAGUGGAAUAUUCUUACUUACGGGUCUACUAGUUCUACCAGUAACUGUCUACGUUCCCGCUUUGACCUUUCAAAGAGUGACUGGUCUCAAUACUUACAUUACAGUAACAGUUCUAUCUUUACUAUGUGCUUCAUAUACUGCAGUUGGAGGAUUUAAAGCAGUAAUUUGGACAGACGUAGUGCAACUGGCUCUUAUUAUUGCAUCGUACAUUAUUGUAACUGUAAUUGGUAUCCAAGAAAUUGGUGGAAUUCAAAAUGUGAUAGAAGCUGGAAAUCGAGGAGGAAGGAUCAUAUUUCUAAACCUGGAAAAUUUUAAUACAAGAUCCUCGUUUCCAGGAUAUGUAUUUUCAAUUUCAUUAAUGAGUAUUUAUCAAUAUGGACUGAACCAAACAAAUUUGCAGAGAUUUCUAUCGUUGUCAAAUAUAAGGAAGAUGACGAUUUCAACGUGUAUUCUUAUCUUCAUUUUUGUGAUGAUCAUUUUAGGUUGCAUGCUUCUAGGCAUCGUUAUAUAUGCCAAUUAUGAAACUUGCGAUCCUUUAAAAGCAGGUAUUAUACGAAAAGUCGAUCAAAUUUUUCCUCAUUUCGUUCAGGAUAAAGCCUCAUUGUUUCUUGGCUUCAAUGGUAUCUUCAUAGCUGGCAUCUUCUCAGCAAGUCUUUCAACAACAUCCUCUUAUUUUAAUGCCAUGAGUGGUAUCAUAUACGAAGACUUUAUAAGUCAUAGAUUUCCUGGAAAUCUCCAAUCAACUGCCAGCAAAUUUAUGAAAUUUACUGUAAUUAUACUGGCCUUUGUACAGAUCAUACUGGUAUUUUUCAUAGAGAAAAUGGGAAUGAUUGCGCAAAUGACAAUUCAAAUUUAUAGUAUGAAUGCGGGAGCUUUACUCACCUUGUUUACUCUCGGUGCAGUUGUUCCUAAAGCUAAUAGUGUGGGUGCUCAAGUUGGAGCCAUAACCGCCAUUCUUAGUGUUCUAACAUUAAUGAUUGGAAGUAUUGGAAGAAUAGCUGAACCUAAUUUACCAUUCCGUACUGAUGGCUGUAAUAACAAUCUAACGGCCUUUAAUUCAACUAUUGUCAAUUAUUCUACACAACUAAAUGACUCUGAAGAAAUCUUUUGGUUAUUCAGAGUGUCUUACAUGUACUAUGCUCUGAUAGGAGUAUUCUUAGGCAUUACCUCAGGGUACAUUGCCAGUAUACUUACUGGAGGAAAUACUAUUGAAGACCAAAGACUAUUAGCGCCAUUCCUAAGAAGAAAGCCGUAUGCAGAAGAAGAGGAAAAAGUCAAACUUAAAACUGAAUCUUGCAAUGAGUAGAGGUAGAAUCAAGACUAAGUCAUAUAGUGGUACAAUCUAAUUUGUCUUGGAAAAAUAUUAAGUAAACCUGAAUUCAAUGAAAGUAGACAAAGUACGAAUAUUCACUGAAGCUUUGUAUCUAUCAAUAAAGCAACUAGGCUUAUUUAGAAAA